AAAUACAUAGCAUUCCUAAUUCGAAAUAGGUUAUUUUUAUGAUGAAUUGUAAAUUGUUUUUAUUUUAAUCACAGAAUUAAUUUAUCCGUUUUAGUACACAAGAAGUUGUCUAUUAAUUGUAGCUAUUAAGAUUAAGGCUAUUAAGUUAAUAUCAACCAGGUUUAUCUGUAAAAGAGCCUGUAAAAAAUUGUGGCUAGAAAUAAAUAAUCUGGAAGAGUAACCAAGUAUUAACAAAUUUUCAGUAAAAUUAUAUUAAUGUAUAUUAAUGAAUUAUUGAUUCUGGUAAAUUACUGAUAUUCGUAAACUACAUACUACAUACAAUUAUAUAGAAUAUAAAUUAGAGUUUGCUGAAACAGUAUAGGUAUACAUAUAAAAUUAAGUAUUAUUAAUAGUGUAGUUUAUUAGUUACAAAAAUGAAUUUAACAGCUUUAAAAAGGUCUAGAAUGUUACAUUUAUGUUUUGCAAUGACAUUCUUUACAUCUGGUAUUAUUGUAAAUCUAAUUCAAGCAGUAUUCUAUUUUACGUUAAAGCCAUUUAAUAAAUCAUUGUAUCGUAAAAUAAAUUGGUAUUUGUGCUAUACUAUAUAUUCACAAUUGGUUUCUGUUGCUGAAUGGUGGGCAAAUGUGACACUAAAACUUUAUAUUGAUAAAGAUGAUUGGGAGAGGUAUUAUGGCAAGGAACAUGGAUAUUGCAUUAUGAAUCAUUCAUAUGAAAUCGAUUGGCUCAUGGGAUGGAUGGCAUGUGAAAAAAUGAAAGUACUAGGGAAUUGUAAAGCAUAUGCUAAGAAAGUAAUACAGUAUAUGCCAGUAUUGGGAUGGGGAUGGAAAUUUGCUGAGUUUGUUUUUCUAGAAAGGUCAUACGAUAAGGACAAAACUAUUAUUGAUAGACAAAUUAAAGAACUAUCUGAUCAUCCAGAUCCCAUGUGGCUACUACUUUUUCCUGAGGGAACGAGGUUCACAGAGAAAAAACACCAAAUAUCCUUAGAAUUUGCUCGAAAAAAUAACCUCACAGAAUUGAAAUAUCAUCUUUUGCCAAGAACAAAAGGCUUCACUGCUAGCUUGCCAUCAAUGAGAGGCAAAGUUCCCGCUAUUUACGAUACACUAGUGGUUUUUAGCGAAAGCGACCCUGUAUCUCCUACCAUGACUAAUAUGCUGUUUGGUAGAACUGUCACUGCACAUAUGUAUAUUAAAAGAGUUCCAUUAGAUGAAGUGCCGGAAGGAGUCCCCGAACAAGAACAAUUUUUAAGAGAUAUGUUUUUAAGAAAAGACAAAAUGAAAGAAAGUUUCAUUAAGUCUGGAAAUUUUUUCACUAAUUCAGGAGUAACACCUGUAGAGCCAUGGAUACCUGAAAGACGGAUUUGGCCCGCAGUUAAUAUGGUAUUUUGGCUUUUUAGCAUUUUGGUACCAAUGCUUUACUACCUUGUAACGCUGUUCUUUAGUGGUCAGCUUCUUUAUUUCUUUAUUGGCGUGGGACUUAUUUUAACAUUUUAUAUGCUUCUAAAACAAACAAUUUCUAUGUCUGAAACAAAACAUGGAUCGGCAUAUGGUACUAAAGUGAACAUACAGAAUAAAGAAGAAUGAUUUCUAUGUUUUGGAAAGAAAUGCAGAUGAGAGAGUAAUGAGUAAUUUUUAGGAUAUUAUUUUUUGUAAAACUUACUUUUUUGUUAAAAAAUUAAACCUAUUUCUGCAAAUAGCACUAUGUAAUUUAUAUAUUUUGUAAACUAAAUUAUGUGCCAAAAAUUAACUUAUUAUUAUAAUUAUAUAUUCUUUAUGGGUAAUUGUGUUUGGUUAAGGAUUUUGGGAGUUAUAUGUAAAUUUCUCAUUAAUUGGUUAUGGCUUUCCUUUAGAUGAAAUACUGCUGUUCUCGGUCAUAUUUACGGCCGCAAUUUAGAAAUUAAAAAAAUAAAAUAAAUCAGGUUUCAAAGCAAAAUUUUGAAAAUUAAAUCAAGAAAAAAUGUCUAUUGCAUUAUAACUUUGCAACAAUGAAACUACAGAAGUCCAAAGAUAUAUGGCAAACUAUAUAUACUCGUAUGCGUACCUUUUUAAUAACUGUCAUAUAAAGUUAUGUACGAUUUUGUACAUAGCGCAAAACAAGUGGAGUCAAGAUACAUAUAGAUUAAGCAUGAUCAGCAUUUUAAGCUGCAGCGUAACAAACAAAAUGCAAGUGAAAAUUAAUAAAUAUCUACUUAUAGAAGCAGCUAAUAAUGACAGAUUAUGUAUCGUAUAAACUUAUAUAUGGAAAAGACUCAACUUAAUUAUUAUAUUUAGAUCAUUAACAAUUAUGUAGUAUAUUUGUUAAUUAGUUCCAACUUAAAAUAUUAAAAUUUUAUUACUUACCCUUGAUAAAAUUAUAUUGUUAAAUAAAUCCGUACCAAUAUUUUAUGUAAUUUUAUGUACUUAAUUUUGUGAAAUAAAUUUAAAUAUCAUUAUGUUUUUGUAUAUCCAUAGUUAAAUAUGUAUUUAUUGGUCUGUUGUAAUAAAGAUAUCUAUAGACGUAUUAUCAUAGAUUAAAUGGUUCUUUAUUGUAA